AUGGGUUCAGAGGUUUGGCACCCGAUGUGUAAAGAAGCAGCAAGGCUGGAGAGAAAACUGAGGCUGAGACGUACCUCUGAGACGGCGUCCCUUUCCUCUCCAGGCUCCUCUCCUCUCCUCGGCUCCCCCCACCGGCUCAUCUGUUCUAAAACUGACGGUGAUGUUUUGGACUAUAAACAGCUGGCGGCUCUGCCCAGGGUCAAAGCCAUAUAUGACAUCCAGCAGCCUGACAUCAUCCCUUAUCAGGCCGACCAUGCACACACACACCUCUCAGAUGACACUCUGGAGCGAUAUAGCUGUGGACAGUCACUGGGGUCCUUAUCACCGUACUCUCAUAUUCUCCUCAUCCAGGAGAUAAAGCAUCUCAAGUCCAAGGCCAUACAUCUGUUCGGCAGCAGAGUUGAGCUCUACUUCCCCGUGCCUCAGUGCAGUGAGAGUGGCAGGAGUUCACCCUAUUACAGUCAGCCAGAGCCUCGGUGUGCCACACCCACCACCACCACCACCUUCCAAGCCCCCAAGCAUUUCCAUGUGCCAGCUUCUGAGGAAACCAACAUUUACAGGAAACCCCCCAUCUAUAAGAGACAAGACAUAUCCGCCUCUCCAACAGCCAGUAAGAGUAAGACCAACGAGAACCUUGUCAAUUCCAGUCGCCUCUCCACCUCCACCUGUAACAGCCUUUAUCACCCGGACUCCAACUACUACCCAUACACUGGCUCUCCAAAAGUCUCGAGGGUGAGGAGGUUUUCGUCUGGAGGAGAGGAGGAUGGAUGGAAUCAUAAUAUAAACAGGGGAAUUGGCAGGAUGAUCCUCAAGGAGGAGAUGAAGGCGCGGUCGGGUUGUCACGACAAUGACCAGUGGGGGAGCAGACGCAGUUCCCGCUGUAGCAGCAAGGAGGCGCUGAACAAUCUGGGAUUCAGCUCCCUCAAUGGCUCUCCCAGGUCCGUCUGCAGUGCAGACAGCGACUCAUACAUUGCCAAAUCGGCCUCGUUGCCAGGCUACGGCAGAAAUGGAUUAAAUAGGCCUGGGAGUGCGAGUGCAGAUUAUUACCAGUAUGACAGCAGUAAUGCAGUUAAUUGGCAGAUCAGAGAAUACAAGAUUUACCCAUACGAAGCCCUCAUUGUGUCAGUCAGAGGGCAGCAGCGUCUUCCGAGUGAUGUGGACCGAGCUAGAUUGGAGCGUCACCUCUCACCAGAGGAGUUCUACAGAGUCUUUGGCAUGUCCAUGUCUGCCUUUGAUCAUCUUGCCCAGUGGAAGAAGAACGAACUGAAGAAACAGGUCCGACUCUUCUGAGAAAAUUAAGUUGCCAGAAAUGUCUAACCGAACGCAGGUCCACCGCCAACAGUGUGCUCUAAGGAGUAACCUCCAGAAAGACCUCGGAUCUGACCCUAGACUGGCACUGUCCCACAGUGGACGAAUUACUGGCUGAAAUAAAAGUCUCUCUUCGUUUGAGGUGGCAGGAGCGGAGAACUGUUGGCCUACAAAUCUUGGCAUGCUUUAAACAGUGUGUACUUGGACUUCUUAAGCAAUAAAAAUGAAGUCAGCCAACUGCCCACAAGGGAAAAAACUGGAAUGAGAGGAAACAGAACUUGAAGUAGAGGAGGAAGACUUUGAGAGGCAGCAGAUGAGCCACACUCAGGCUACAACAAACAGAAAGUUCAUUAGUAGAGGGAGAGGUUGGCUGCUGGUCUCUUGCCUACCAGCAGAUGGCAGUGUGUUAACAGGAGCACAAGGGUGGCAGGCUGAUACAUAUGACCCAGUAGACUGUAAGCUGAAAUACUUCUGAGGGUCUGCCACCCUGAGCCAAACUUGCAUUCAUGCCAAACAUGAGGGAGACUGCAAAUAGGAAGACAGACUGGCAUGUCGCUGCAGGCAAAAAGGAUCCAGUUUUCUCUAUCCUCAGCGACUCAGAUGGAUGACAAUGGUGUGAUUCUCGACAUUAGGAUUAUUGAACGUGAUACACAAGUGGAGUUUUUAUAAAGCGCUAACACUGAAAACCAAAGGUUUUCUUCUUCUUUU